AUGCUAGGUUCUCGUAAGUCUGGGCAAAAGUCAAAAUCUGUACUGAACGUAUUUCGAGCGGGUGAUGCUGGGAAACGAGGUUUACAACUCGACGAUCAGGUGGAGAAAUCUACGUUCGAUCUGCCGGCUGUUAUUGAAAACUAUGAGCAAAGGACUAAGUUGGCUGCUGUUAAUCGAUGGAAAACAUAUCGUGAAAGUGAUGACAAUUUCAGUAUCGUGCUACCACCACCAAAUGUCACUGGCAAAUUGCAUUUGGGUCAUGCGCUAACUGUAACGAUCGAAGACGUCAUUUGCCGGUAUAAACGUGCUUACGGUCAUCAGGUGCGAUGGCACGUCGGCUUUGAUCACGCCGGAAUAGCCACACAAACGAUCGUGGAGAAAUAUUUAUGGGAUAAGCGAAAGUGUCGACGAUACGAACUGUCACGAGGCGAAUUUGUUGAGCUUUGUAACGAGUGGAAGGAAAAAAGAGCUGAGGAAAUUUCUGAACAACUAAAGAAAUUAGGUGCCACUUUGGAUUGGUCUUCAAACCCUUACUAUACUAUGGAUUGUCGUUUUUCACAAGCAGUCACAAGAGCGUUCUGCCAGCUUCAUUCAGACGGCUUAAUAUUUCGUAAAAAACGAUUGGUGAAUUGGUGUCCCACGUUGCAGAGCACUCUUUCAGAUCAGGAGGUGGACCACAUUGACUUGAAUGAGACUAAAGUACUCAACGUGCCUUCAGCAGAUUGUUCUGCUAACAAAAUAAAAAUUCGCGUUGGUCAACUCUUCCAUAUUCGCUAUAAACUCAUCGAAAAUGAUAAUCGAGGAGGACUGAAAUAUUUGGAAGUGGCAACAGGUCGUCCUGAAACUAUAUUCGCGGAUUGUGCGUUGGCCGUUCACCCGAACGAUUCGCGUUAUAAUCAUUUAAUCGGCAAAUUUGUUCAACAUCCAUUUUUGGUUGAUUGUGUUCUACCGAUUAUUGCUGAUGAAAGUGUCAAGAUGCAGAAAGGAACUGGGGUCCUCAAAAUAACACCGUAUCACGACUUUAUUGAUUUCGACAUUGCAAACAGACACAAAGAUGAAAUCGAUGAAAAAUUAUUGGGCAAAUAUUGUUUGGAUGAAAAAGCUCGAUUAAUUAAUACAAAUACACUAUUCGACGGAAUGGAUCGUUUCGAGGCCAGAACGAAGGUGAUAGAAAGAUUACGUGAAUUGGAUGCGUAUGGGGGUGAAGCAGUGAAUGAAGAUGCUAGAAUAGGAAUCUGUAGUCGAACUGGUGAUGUCGUUGAACCAAUGCUGAAGGAACAGUGGUGGCUGAAUUGUGACGAAAUUAAUUCAUCAAUUUUAGAGGCUCUCCAUCAAGGGCAGGCAAGUUCUUUUUCAAUAUUAUCAGUAACUUCGAUCAGCAUCCAUCUUUUCGACUUUCACGUGACUGUGACCCCGAAACUCCUGAGUGUGAAGCUUGAGGAAUGGCUGGAAAACAAAGAGCCAUGGUGUCUGAGUCGACAGCUGGUUUGGGGACAUCGCGUGCCUGCUUAUCGGAAUAUUCAAACGGGUGAAUGGAUAAGUGCAAUGAAUGAAGCAGAUGCAAGACGAAGGUUUGGUAUUGAUAGUAAGGAUGAUUUUGAUGUAAUUGUCGAACGGGAUAGUGACGUGCUGGAUACGUGGUUCAGUUCCUCUUUAGUGCCACUUGUUGUUAAUGGUUGGCCAGCGAAGCAGAUCGAAUCAACGCCUUUAUCACUGAUGGAAACUGGUCAUGAUAUUAUUGGUUUCUGGGUAGCGCGGAUGCUUACCGUUUGCCACAGGUUGAUCGGUCAGCUUCCCUUCGAAAAAAUCUUAUUGCACGGCUUGAUUCGUGAUAGCAAAGGCAGAAAGAUGAGUAAAUCGUUGGGAAACGUUAUUGAUCCAAACGAUAUCAUUAAUGGUGUGUCGUUAAAUGAAAUGGUCGAUCGUUUGAGCAGAUCGCAGUUGUCAGAUUCUGAAAGAAGUAUUGAUAGCUUGAUUGAUUUGGUUUUUGUGGAGAUAGCAAUAAGCGAUCUUCAAAAAACGUAUCCGAAAGGUAUCACGGAGUGUGGACCAGAUGCUUUACGAUUUGCGUUGCUGCGUCAUGAUCUCAACGCACUUGAUGUGAACGUUAACGUCAUGGAAAAAGCGAUUGAAGGAUUGAGAUUUUGCAAUAAAUUAUGGAAUCUGUGCGAAUAUGCUAAACGAAUAUGGUUCAAAACACCAUCGUCGUCAUCAUCAAAGCAUUCAGUUGGGAGUGAGCGUGAUUAUCGUGCAGAACGAAAAUAUCAACAUAUCGCUGACCGGUGGAUUCGAAGUUGCUUAGGGAAUACUGUGCGAUCAAUGCGAUCUUAUAUCGAUCAAGGAGCCAUUCAUUUGGCAUUUCAAUGUUGUCAUCGAUUUAUACUCGCGCAGUUGUGUGAUAUUUAUUUGGAAACAACGAAGAAAGCAUUGUGGAACGACGAUACGGAACGUUUGAAGCAAAUAUCGGACAAUCUUCACGAAAUUUUGGAGCACUCAUUCGUUCUUUUAUCAAUGUUUAUGCCAUUCGUUAGUGAAUAUUUGUUUGAUUCGAUUAAAACAGAUAAACAUCUCAGUCUGUACGACAAACGUCUUAAAGAGAACGAUUUCGUAAAUGCAAUUGAUAACGACUUGGAAAAACGAGUGUGUGCUGGCUUAGCAAUCGUUUCAACAAUUCGUUCUUUAAGACAACAAUUUCAACUACCCGUAAAAGUGCCCCUAAAUGUUGACGUGUACUGUGAUGAAGCGAUGAAUGAUAUUGAAGUGUUGCUAUGUGAUCUGGGUAAUUUCACGAUCAGCACCUACCAUCAGUUUACUACAAAAGUUAACGAUUCGCAGUUGGUCGUCCCAGUAUCAGGAUAUUCGAUUCUACUCGUACUUCUGCUGAAUAGUGAAUAUAGCGGAAUCCUUCGAAAGCGAAUCGAAACUCAGUUAGAACGAGCCGUUCAUCGAAUGGCCCAAUUCGAGGCGAAAGCUGUUAAAUACGAGAGAAUUGUCGAGAAUUUAGAAGUGAAAGGGAAUUCCAGGAUGAAAAGUUGUCGUAAAGCGGCACAGGCGAGAAAAGUGGUGAAGGGAAUGGACGAGGAAGCAAAAAAAUUGAAGAAUCUAUUGAAUUAUAUGGAACGGGAUGGUAUAACUUCAAAGGACACUCAUUCAGAAUUUGUGAAGUAA